AUGGCUUCUUCGUCUCAACGUUCAGUGAAGAACUAUUUUACGAAAGUACCGAAAUCAAGUAUAGCUUCUUCUAGUCAACCUAACCAGGAAGCAAAUGCCAACCAUUCAGAAGUACCAUUACCUUCUUCUCAGGUAUUUGAUUUGAGUACUUUAAAUUAUGAUCCGGGUGAAAGAACCCCAAUCUUGGACUAUCAUCCAAAUCAUCGUGAUGUUAUUAGAAGAGCAUACCUUAUUAAUGGUCCUUGUCAACCUCGAUUGCUUCAGCAUGAGUAUCCUCAAACGAAUAUUUCUGGAUCAAUGCGUCGUUUUAAUUCUGAAUGGUUUGAUGAUGUAUAUCAUGAUUGGUUGGAGUAUAGUGCUACAACACCAAUCAAGGUGGGGGUGAAAUAUUUUCAACUGUUGGGUUUAAGAGUUGGCAGAAAAAAAAAGAAUCUUGGAAAACAUAUUGGUCUACCGAACAGCCCACAUAACCAGUCAAAAAAGAAAUGUCAAGAUUUAUUGCGGGUACAACAGUCUAUUCAUUUUGCACUUGAGAUGCAAUUUAGUCAAUUUAAGCAUGCAUAUUUGGUCCUCUUAAGUGCUUCCGUUGAUGUAGUAAGACUUCUUAUAACUCAAGGAUUGGCAUUUCGAGGUCAUGAUGAAUCUAAAUCAUCACUUAGUAGGGGUAAUUUUCUUCAAAUUCUCUCAUGGUAUGCGAAAAAGUGUGAUAAUAUUCGUGAUUAUGUACUGGAACAUGCUCCUCAAAAUGAUCAAAUGACUUCUCCAAUAAUUCAAAAAGAUGUUGUGAGUGCUUGUAAGAUAGAAACAAUUAAAGCUAUUCUUGAGGAAUUAAAUGGUGACUACUUUUCUUUACUAGUUGAUGAGUCUUUUGAUGUGUCACGCAAGGAGCAAAUGGCUAUUGUCUUACGAUAUAUUGAUAGAAAUGGAUUUGUGAUGGAGCGGCUUCUUGACAUUGUUCAUGUUCAAGAUACUAGUGCUUUAUCUCUAAAGAGGGCAAUUGUUAAUUUACUUGCUCAACAUUCCUUAAGUCUAUCAUAUGUGCGUGGACAAUGUUACGAUGGGGCAAGCAAUAUGCAAGGUGAGAUCAAUGGCCUUAAAAUGUUGAUUAGGCAAGAAAGUAGAUCAGCCCAUUCCAUUCAUUGUUUUGCUCAUCAACUUCAACUAACUCUUGUUGCGGUCUCGAAAAAAUGUAUUGAAGUGGGAAAACUUGUAGUGUUGGUUUCAAAUAUUUUGAAUGUAUUGGGAUCUUCUUUUAUGCGUAUGGAUGAAUUUCGAGAUUCUCAAAAAUAA